UUCACCGGAGCUUAAGCGUUGCAGCAGGAAAACUUCCAUCUCGCUCUCCUGGCUUUGAUCCUCAUUGGACAUCAGACCAGAGGCGCCCAAGGAAGGGAGGAUGAGAGAUGACCGGCCCUCUGGCAACCUGACCAUCUCCUUAGCAGAGCCUCCCAGAGCGAGCUGGGGACUGCCUGCACGACCCAGGAGGCGCCGCGCCUCUCAGUAGAUGUGUGUGUGUGAGUGAGCGAGUGUGUGUGCGUGCGAGUGAGGGUGUGUGUGUGAGUGUGGAUGCAUGUGUGCACGGCAGGAUUGUGUGUGAGCGUGUCUGGAUGGGUGUGCGCGUGCAUGCGUGGGAGAGUGUGUGUGUGUGAGAGAGGUAGUGUGAGUGCUCUUGAUUAUUAUUUUUUCGUGGGGGAGAAAGAUCUUGGAAAUCUGGGGCAGGUUACCGUGCUCCUAGGGUGAUUCUUCUUUUGCAAGAAGAGCUGAGGAGAGCAAUCUACUAGAGCCCAGGAGAAGGAUUUUUACCGCUGUUCUACAGUGGAGUAAAAGAGAUUAGCCCCAAACCUGUGAAUUCGACCAGAGCUGUGUGAUUACCAGGGCUUGAGAGAGGACUCCCGAAGAAAAAGAGAAAUAAAUCAAACAGCCUGUCAGUCCCUUUGGCCACGUCGGAAGAUGUCAUCUCAAACUAAGUUCAAGAAAGACAAAGAGAUCAUUGCCGAAUAUGAAGCCCAAAUAAAAGAGAUCCGCACGCAGCUGGUCGAGCAGUUCAAAUGCCUGGAGCAGCAGUCAGAGUCGCGGCUGCAGCUCCUUCAAGAUCUCCAGGAGUUCUUCCGCAGGAAGGCUGAGAUUGAGCUCGAGUACUCCCGCAGCCUGGAGAAGCUGGCCGAGCGGUUCUCUUCCAAAAUCCGCAGCUCCCGGGAGCACCAGUUCAAGAAGGACCAAUACCUCCUCUCACCUGUGAACUGUUGGUAUCUGGUCCUGCAUCAGACCCGGCGGGAGAGCCGAGACCAUGCCACCCUUAAUGACAUCUUCAUGAACAAUGUCAUCGUCCGCCUUUCCCAGAUCAGCGAGGAUGUUAUCAGACUUUUCAAAAAGAGUAAGGAGAUUGGCCUGCAGAUGCAUGAGGAGCUCCUGAAGGUGACCAAUGAGCUCUACACAGUCAUGAAAACCUACCACAUGUACCAUGCGGAGAGCAUUAGUGCAGAAAGCAAGCUAAAGGAAGCUGAGAAGCAGGAGGAGAAGCAGUUUAACAAGUCAGGAGAUCUCAGCAUGAACCUCCUUCGGCACGAGGACCGGCCCCAGCGUCGCAGCUCUGUGAAGAAGAUUGAGAAGAUGAAGGAGAAGAGGCAGGCAAAGUAUUCUGAGAACAAGCUGAAAUGCACAAAGGCCCGGAACGACUACCUGCUGAACCUGGCAGCCACCAAUGCAGCUAUAAGCAAAUACUACAUCCAUGAUGUCUCUGAUCUGAUUGAUUGCUGUGAUUUGGGCUUUCAUGCCAGCCUGGCCCGCACCUUCCGGACCUACCUCUCAGCUGAGUACAACUUGGAGACCUCACGCCACGAGGGGCUGGAUGUGAUCGAGAAUGCCGUGGACAGCCUGGACUCCCGGAGCGACAAGCACACCGUCAUGGACAUGUGCAACCAGGUCUUCUGCCCUCCGCUCAAGUUUGAGUUCCAGCCCCACAUGGGGGAUGAGGUGUGCCAGGUCAGCGCACAGCAGCCUGUGCAGACGGAGCUGCUCAUGCGGUACCACCAGCUGCAGUCCAGACUGGCCACUCUCAAGAUUGAAAAUGAGGAGGUUAGAAAAACCUUGGAUGCCACCAUGCAGACUUUACAGGACAUGCUGACGGUGGAGGACUUUGACGUCUCUGACGCCUUCCAACACAGCCGAUCCACAGAGUCGGUGAAGUCGGCCGCGUCAGAGACCUACAUGAGCAAGAUCAACAUUGCCAAGAGGAGGGCCAACCAACAGGAGACAGAGAUGUUUUAUUUUACAAAAUUUAAAGAAUAUGUGAAUGGCAGUAACCUCAUCACCAAGCUACAGGCCAAGCACGACUUACUCAAGCAGACACUUGGAGAAGGGGAGAGAGCAGAAUGUGGCACCACCAGGCCCCCCUGCCUUCCCCCUAAACCACAGAAAAUGAGGAGACCUAGGCCUCUUUCAGUGUGUAGCCAUAAGCUCUUUAACGGCAGUAUGGAAACAUUCAUUAAGGAUUCAGGACAAGCUAUACCACUUGUAGUUGAGAGCUGCAUCCGAUACAUCAAUUUAUAUGGACUCCAGCAGCAGGGGAUCUUCAGAGUGCCCGGAUCUCAGGUCGAAGUGAAUGACAUCAAAAAUUCUUUUGAGAGAGGUGAAGACCCCCUUGUGGAUGAUCAAAAUGAGCGAGAUAUCAAUUCAGUCGCUGGUGUUUUAAAACUGUAUUUCCGAGGACUGGAAAAUCCACUCUUUCCUAAGGAAAGGUUUCAAGAUUUGAUAUCUACUAUUAAACUGGAGAACCCAGCCGAGAGGGUGCACCAGAUCCAACAGAUCCUCAUUACCCUCCCCCGCGUGGUCAUCGUGGUCAUGAGAUACCUCUUCGCUUUCCUCAACCACCUCUCCCAGUACAGUGACGAGAACAUGAUGGACCCCUACAACCUGGCCAUCUGCUUCGGGCCCACCCUCAUGCACAUCCCUGACGGGCAGGACCCUGUGUCCUGCCAGGCCCAUGUCAACGAAGUCAUCAAAACCAUCAUCGUCCAUCAUGAAGCCAUCUUCCCCAGUCCCCGGGAGCUAGAGGGACCCGUGUAUGAAAAAUGCAUGGCUGGAGGGGAAGAAUAUUGUGACAGUCCACACAGUGAGCCAGGGACCAUCGAUGAAGUUGACCAUGACAAUGGCACGGAGCCUCACACUAGUGAUGAAGAAGUGGAGCAGAUCGAGGCCAUUGCCAAGUUUGACUAUGUAGGGCGGUCGCCACGUGAGCUGUCCUUCAAGAAGGGAGCCUCGCUGCUCCUGUACCACCGCGCCUCAGAAGACUGGUGGGAGGGCCGUCACAAUGGCGUGGAUGGACUCAUCCCUCACCAGUACAUAGUUGUACAGGACAUGGAUGAUGCCUUCUCUGACAGCCUGAGCCAGAAGGCUGACAGYGAGGCCAGCAGCGGGCCACUGCUGGAUGACAAGGCCUCCUCCAAGAACGACCUCCAGUCCCCCACGGAGCACAUCUCGGAUUAUGGCUUUGGGGGGGUGAUGGGCCGAGUGCGGUUACGAUCCGAUGGAGCGGCCAUCCCCAGGCGCAGAAGCGGGGGCGACACGCACAGCCCACCCCGGGGCCUGGGUCCCAGCAUAGACACGCCACCCCGGGCCGCCGCCUGCCCCAGCAGCCCCCACAAAAUCCCUCUUACCCGGGGGAGGAUCGAGAGCCCUGAGAAGAGGAGAAUGGCGACGUUUGGGAGUGCUGGCAGCAUCAACUACCCCGACAAGAAGGCGCUCUCAGAAGGGCACUCCGUGAGGUCCACCUGCGGCUCCACCAGACACAGCAGCCUGGGGGACCACAAGUCCCUUGAGGCUGAGGCCCUGGCAGAAGACAUCGAGAAGACCAUGAGCACGGCUCUGCACGAGUUGCGGGAACUCGAGAGGCAGAACACKGUCAAGCAAGCGCCAGAUGUGGUGCUGGACACGUUGGAGCCCAUGAAGAACCCUCCAGGCCCCAUCAGCUCAGAGCCCGCCAGCCCCCUGCACACCAUCGUCAUCCGAGACCCGGAUGCCGCCAUGCGCCGGAGCAGCAGUUCCUCCACCGAGAUGAUGACCACCUUCAAGCCAGCUCUGUCCGCCCGCCUGGCUGGCGCCCAGCUGCGUCCGCCCCCGAUGCGGCCUGUGCGGCCCGUGGUCCAGCAUCGGUCCAGCAGCAGCAGCAGUUCCGGGGUGGGCAGCCCUGCGGUGACACCCACGGAGAAGAUGUUCCCCAACAGCUCCACAGACAAGUCGGGCACCAUGUGACCUGCUGGGUGGGUGGCACCAGCGUGGCCCACUGUGGCCCGCCAUGGCCUAGCCUGGCCUCGGUGGCUUCUACUUGCUUCCCAGUGAUGCUGGCCUUGUGAGGCAGAGCUUGGAAGGUCAGCUGGGAGAGAGUGCGUGUCUGUGGAGCGCAGAGGCCCAGGCGCUAGUGCGCUCAGCUUGGCCAUGCCAAUCCCACAGACCUGUGUGCAGASAGACACCCCGGGGAGUGCUGCAGCAAAAGCCUGAGUUCAGUGUCUCCCCAAAGUGAGGCAAGAUGCCAAGUGGCUUCUCCCGCAUAUCGUCACUGGAAAAUGAUUCUCGACAUCCUCUCUACAUACGUAUAUAUGUGUGUGUAUAUAUAUGUGUAUAUAUAUACGCAUAGACAUGUAUGUAUGUGUAGGUGUCUGUGUAUAUAUAAAUAUUUAUGCAUCUAUAUACAUACUAGAUCUGGACUUACAUGUUAAAUGUAUAUAGGAUCUCCUUUUUCUUUUUAUGAAACUUAGAUUUACCUCAGACCCAUGCCACCUGACAUCUCCCGCUGAGUUAUUUGGUGGGAUUUGCAGGGACUUCUCUGGGAGAACUUAAGAGGCCCCACAGUAACUGCAAAUGAAGCAAUAUACCACUCACCUGCAGAAAAACAGUCUCCCACUGUCUCCAGAAGUCGUGGCCUUCCAGAACAGUCUGCCCCUAAAGGCAGGGUGGGGCAGGCAGUACCCCAAGCAGGCGGGGAACCCUUCAGAGAAAACCCUCCGUCCACCCCAGAGACCCUGCCCUUCCAUCCGGGAGGCCCAAGGCCAACUGUACCCCCCAAAGGCACGGGAGGAAGUUGGCAAGAAGAUCCCUGACCACAGCAUCCUUGUGUUUGUAUUGUAGAAAGAGGGGACAGCAAAACCCUAAACCCUAUCGUAGCACAGUAUUACAUGUGGUUGGGAAAAAGGAAAAAAAAAUAAUACAGUGGUGUGAAAUACUUCAAAUCCUAGAAAUGCUGUAGGAAUAAAUCUGUGGUAACUAUAGAGGUUUAACUUAUAUCUUCAAAAUAUUUAAUUUUUUCUUUUCCUGGUUCUACUAAUUAUACUGUGUCAGAUUUGGAACUCAACAGGCAAGGAGGCUUUCUGAGUCACAUCAUUUUCAUAUAAUAUUGGGCUUGACACACUUCGGGUCUUGCCCUCUUGCAUGAAGCACGUGAGCUAUAGGUGCCCCAGUCAGAGGGAGGCCCAGGAGGGGCCAGGGAACACCAUAGGUUGGUUGAGUUUAUGCAAGUGAGAUCACUUCCUGCCCUCCCCUCCCCUGCUCCCUCCAGAGCAUUUAAUGUAGGUGAAAAUGUGUUUUUCAAAUAUAAGGGGGAAGGCUUUUGCCUCUUGGCUGAAAAAAAGCUUUCCAAGUUGUUCUUCUCUGCUUCCAUUUGACAUCCUCUUCUGAUSGCUCUGUUUUCUAGAGAUGGCUGUUUCUGGGUAAUGGAGCACAGGCAAAUCUGAUCCUAAUGGGAUAGACCACUUUGACUUGCUCCCCCCUCAUGCCAAACCAAUGGUCUUUUCCUUAUUGUUCUCAGGCUUUCUCUCUCCUCUCUCAGCCUCUAGGGUUGGAGUCAGAAGUCCAAAAUUUCAGUCCCAGUCCCCAGCACUCAGGAGCUGUGAGACUUUGGGCACUCCACUUCAUCAAACCUCGCUUUCCUGUCCCAUAAAAUGAGGCUGAUAAAGAUAAGCGAGCAAGCUAAAUCAACUGGAAAGCUCUGUACUGAUGCUAUUGCUAUUAUUAUCAUUCGGAAGGUGAGUCUUUCAGACCCUAAAAACCAUCCAGACCUUCUGGAAAGCUCCUAAUGGCAUUUGAGAAGUGGGUCCUGGAAUUUCCCUGCCAGCUUGCUGAGAGACAGCAGUAUCAUCAUUAGCAUCUCCCCCCAUUGGAUGAAGUUUGCCCUCUCCUGUGGUCCUACAAUAAAAGGUAAACACACCGGGAGAGACCUUGUGAGUCUCUGAUACCUGGAUGUGUGGGGACAGGAAGCCAUUCUGCCUUGUCUCUGGACUGGCCUUGAAACCACAUGGUGGAAGGAGGAAUCGAGAAAGGCUGUACCAGGGAGAGGCCAGUGAUGAAUUUGACCUCCCUUGUUUUGCCGAGAGCUCCCAACCCUUCUCCUUUAGCUCCUGAUAUGAAAGGUUCUCUGCCUUUGUGCACAUAGACAACCCCUUUUACAGUGUAGGAGAGUUAGGCCUGGGGGUGUGCUGGGACCUGCCCAAGAGGUGACAGAUGUCUGAGAGUAGGGCUCUGUCAGGCACUGGAUGUUGUUCAUUUGCAAGGAUUCUGUACCGUCCAGCCAAGUUGUAGGAAUUCUCAUCUCCAGCCCAGAGAUACUCCCAGACCUUAAAUCUCUGCCACAAAUACCAGAUGAGAAGCAAAGAUUUAAGCAGACAGAUCUAUUCCCUGAUAUACGUAGCACCAGUCAAGCUUUGUAGAUCGUUCUCUGGAAUUGACAGCUUCCAUU